GGUUUCUCCAGGGCAGAAGGAAAAGAAUGCGCACCCGCUCUCCCGGUUCCUCUCUCUACGCGGCCUCAAUGAUGCGCUUAUACACCGUCUGGCUGGUUAGUCUUUUCUGAGAGGGGUGCCGCUUGGACAUUUCUUUUUCCCUAAGUGUUGUUGUUUUUUUUUGCUGCCUGUCCUCAGAUUUCCAGAGCCAGAAGGUUAUCGUUGGAGGCGGCAAUGAAGAAAAUGCAAGAACUCCAAACGGGACAAAACAAAUAGCUUUUAGGAUUAAAGACGAAAAUCGGAGAAAGCACAGCUGUAUACAAAUGUAUUAUGGACUUAGGUUUGCUCGCCCCGGCCAUGGAAACUCCUUUCAAAGAAUCAGAAACUUUCUAAAGAAGGAAGCUGCUCAUCUCCACCCAGUAUCCAUGUAAAGAUCAAUCAUCGUGCGUGCUACUGCCACAAUAAAGCUUUUAGCCUUUUGGUGCUACAAGAUUCUUUGUUGUUUUUGCUUCAGCAGACUGACACAAGGGAGUGAUAGGAUAGAAACGCGCAGUUUAAGUGCCUUGGUUUCUCUUGCAAAAUUUUUAUCUUUUGGUACAUUUUAUGGUGCACUUGGAUAAUGUGAAACUAACACAACACCGCUGGUGUAAACGAAUAAUUGUACCAUAUAUUUAUUUAAAUAACCCCGCAUAAACUGACGUUAACAAUAAUUUAGCAAUCAACAAAUAGGCUAUUUCUUUUAAAAAAAUACAAUGAAAACUGCAAAGUGCUCCACAUAUCUUCCAGAUGGGGUGCUGCCUUACAAAUGGGUAAGUAGGUUCUAAUUCUGUGUGCUUGCGUGAUUGAUUCGCAAAUGUCCAUAUACAGUACAUUCAGUUUAAGGGUGCUUUUGCUAGGGAUUCACACCUGUUUUCUCAGAAGAUCAGACUUAUUUGUAAUAAGGAAAAUGACAACUAAAUGCAUUGGAAAGUGUAGGACAGGAUAAGUGUUCAAUAAACAGGACCGAACAACACUGCUGUUUCCUGUCCACAGUGAGCUGGAUUAUUUCUGUGCUGUGUGUUCUGGUCCCUCAUCUCAACUUCUCCCCCACCUUUUACUGCCUUUUCUCACUCUUGAGCAUUGGUGCACACUUUUAAAAAAAUCUAUAGGAAGUGGACAUGGGGAACUCUUAGUUAUGAUGUUUCCCAAUGGUGAACCCCAGAGCUGCAGACUAUGAUUGAAAAAGAAACCCGAGUCGUGGGGGUGCCGGAUCCCAAAUGACAGGCAUUUCUCAUCUACAAGAGAAGAUGGAUUUAAAGGUCAUCGCUGAGGAGCCAUUCUUGUCCCCAUUUAUUCAAAAGCGUAGGUUCCAGCGCUACUUUAGUUUUUUGGACAGUGGUUUAUUUUCACGGCAUUGUGAGAAAAGAGUGCCAUAAACGAAUUAAAGGGACGGAGUGGUUUUAUCCGUACGACAAAGCAGGAAGCGAAGCGGCCCCCAGCAGCAACACAAAAGCCUCUUAGGGCAGGGGAGAUUCCAAAGGAAGUGACGUCACCGGGACGUGCACUCGGCGAACCAAUAGGCAACCAGCGCCGGCGGCGAAGGGGCGGGAGGAGUUGAGGCGAGCGGAGAAGAAGCCGGAAGAAGUUUUAUUUCUGCCAAGUGCUCUCUUGCCCUGUCGCUGUUUUUCCUUCUCUCGGCGUCCAUCUCCGUACCUUUGCACGCCUAACAUGGAGCCUGGAGCAAUCGCUGCUGUCGUCCCCGCUCCUGAGGCGAGCGCGAGUCCAGCUUGGCCCCAAAGCAAGGUGAGGGGGGACGGGGGCCGAGCCCGAGGAAUUUCUUCAGGCCUGGUCUAGAUCCAGCCGCCCCCAGAACGAGAGCCAGCGGAGGAGGCCUGAGGUGGCGGGAUGGGCGCCGUCGUCGCUUCAGGCACUGAAGGGCGGCGGCGGGGAGGACCCCCCCCCCCAUUGAUAAGCGAGUAGAGCGGAGGCCUCGUCGCGUAAUUCCCUGAGAGGAAACAAAAUGAAAUAUCUCUUCCCUCCCCCCUGUCUCACACACACUUGGUUUUCUCUCAGGGAAUGUUGUGGUGACAGUUAAGAAAAACGACGCUGCCUCCCCUCGCGGAACCUGAAGUGGUACAGCCCACUCCGUGUAAUUCUGCCCGCCUCGUCCUUCUGCGGGUGUAAACGAGGCGUCAGGCCUCCAGGGAAGGAGGCCUUGGCCUCGCCUCCUCUCCCGCCACACUGGUUGGGACGGGUAGGGGGGGCGCGGGUUUUAUUGUCCGAAGUGACCCCGCCGCUGGCUCCUUUCUUUUCCACUGCCUGCCCCACAGGGUUGCUCUAAUUCAGAAGGCCAACCUUGUGCUGGCAGAGAUGAGUACAGUGGUACCUCGGGUUACAUACACUUCAGGUUACAGACUCCGUUAACCCAGAAAUAUUGCUUCAGGUUAAGAACUUUGCUUCAGGAUGAGAACAGAAAUUGUGCUCUGGCGGCGCGCCGGCAGCGGGAGGCCCCAUUAGCUCAAGUGGUCUUCAGGUUAAGAACAGUUUCAGGUUAAGAACGGACCUCUGGAACGAAUUAAGUACUUAACCCGAGGUACCACUGUAAAGGGUCCAAGCGGUCCUGUGAGGAUAGAAUUGGGGGCUGGUGAGGGAACAACCAUUUCAUAGCCACCGGAGGCUAUGUGGCAGAAAGGUGGUAGGUGGGACAUAGCUGAGUGAGCAAAGUAAAUAAUAAUACUCUUUGCCAGCAAAUAGGUAUAGGGUUCUCAUUGUUUCAAUGACCUGGUCAUAAACCCCCCAAAAACAAGGUUAGAAUGUAAUGAUCGGGAGUAAUAACUUAUUUAAGCAAUUUUGAGUAUAUGCUCAGAUAAGCUUGCCUGUUUGUCAGUCUUCUGAUAAGAGGCUACACAUGGAUAUGGUGCUGGGCUCAGAGCCAAGUAACUCAUUUGUAGUGCUCUGAAACCUGGUAUUCAUUGAGAGAGACCAUUAACUGGUCCAUCAUUCAUAAAUUAGAUUUAUGGGUGUGCUGCUGUAAUGUUUAAAGUAACAGCUGUUUUACAAAUUCUUAAUAAUUCCUAACUCUCAAUGACCUCACUAAUGUAAACUGGAGCAGAUAGGCUGCUAUCUAGUUCAGAACAGCAAGAUCAGCCUUAGUGUUAUGUAACAUGAAUUUCUGAGAGAAGAGUUCUUUUUAAGCCAGACCUUUGGUCGUUUAUCAAUAAAGUUGGCAUGGUAAAAAGCAUUUGUUCUCUGUCAUGUCGAUCUUUGAUCAGUGUGAACACAUAUUCGUCAGCUAAUAAGACACUUUUAUACAAACCCUUCUGAUUUUUAUCAGUAGGUAUUUUGUAGGAUGAUUCAUAGUUGGCACUCAGUGUUUGAAACUCCCAUUGUUCUAAGCACAUUUUGCGACAGGGAAUUUCAUUAGCAUGAGCAGUUUCUAAGCUCUGGGCGCAGUACUGCGCCUGAGAUUUCAGAUUAAAAAUGCAGAAUGGAAGGAAAAGAGGACCUUUUCCUGCCUCCCCACUUCCAGUUACUCUCUGAAGACUGGAGAAGAGACCCUCGUAAGGAUAUUAAGGUGUGGGCAGAGGAAGGACUAGACCAUGUGAAAAAUGAACAUGAUAUUUUAGCUGCAGUUCAUUCAUUUUCAGCUUUGUAUUCGUGUUAUAAAAAGUGUGCCUAGACAUCCUGUUGUUGUGCCCAUAACCUAGGUUUAAGGUGUCAUUUAGUUCCUAGUUUUCAUAUCUCGGUUUCUAACACUGUUGGCAAUGAUCAGUGGAAAAACAGGGGGAGACUGUCUUAUCCUGGACAUGUUCAGUUAUUUAAGUGGAGAAAGUGACAAUUUCAGAUCUGAAACAGAAAUUGAGUGGAUUAUAGAGGCAAAUAUUUAAACAGCUCUCAUAUUUUAAAUGCUGAUAUAUUUUUAUGUAUACUUUUUAAAGGCAUUGUUCAGUCUUUAAAUAAAAAGUAGUAUGACUCACUUCUGUGACUUCACAAGACUGGAUUCAUUUUACACAGUGUAUUUCCGUGUAUCUAUACAAAGAAAUGUGACAUCAGGAUUUUAUGCAAAGAAAAAUUAUCUGUCUUAUCCAUAGCCAAAAAGAUAUCUAUUUUUGUUGCAGUGUCCAUGGGGAACUCCUAAAAACACCACAAUAUCAUGUUCCUUUGCUGAUGUCAUGAGUGAACAGCUAGCUAAAGAGCUACAGUUAGAAGAAGAAAAUUCUUCUUUUCCUGAAGUGGUAUCGUAAGUUGAAUAUCCUUACAUUAUGAAUGCUUAUUACAGACUUAGUUAAUUGUUAGUGGGAUCCUGUAAUUUUUUUUUACAGCUGCAAAUCUUCACUCCUGUACUUGGAAGUACCGUAUUUUUCGCUCUAUAAGAUGCCCCAGACCACAAGACGCACCUAGUUUUUGGAGGAGGAAAACAAGAAGAAAAAAAUUUCUGAAUCCCAGAAGCCAGAACAGCAAGAGGGAUCGCUGUGCAGUGAAAGCAGCAAUCCCUCUUGCUGUUCUGGCUUCUGGGAUAGCUUCGCAGCCUGCAUUCGCUCCAUAAGACGCACACACAUUUCCCCUUACUUUUAAGGAGGGAAAAAGUGAGUCUUACAGAGCAAAAAAUACGGUAUAUAUUACAUAAGUAGAACUUCUGAGUACAUAUGCAUAGAGUCAGGUGGUGAGUGUGAUUUUUGGGAAACUAUUGUAGCAAUAGCUAAAGUCAGUACUGGGGCUUGACAAAGUCUUUUCGUUGGGGUAUAAAAGCUAGUUACGACCCUUCUUACCUGCUGCUGCCAUAGCUUUCUCUUCAGGUUUGAGAGAGGAAAAAAGUUGUUGCCUAGUGAAAUGACUCAUCUUACACAAGGUGCCUGAAAGAGUCUGAAUUGUUUCCUUGUUUGAAGUGAGCUGUAUUCAAAUGGAAGGGAGUAGAAUUACCACACUCCAUGUUGUAUACUGUGUGGAAAUUAUUUAAGUGUCCUGCCAGGCUCCUUUAAAAUGAAGAAAUUGCAUACCCACCUCCUUCCUUUUUAAUUACACAAAGCAAUCAACUUCCUCCUCUGCAACGUAUAUUAUAUGGCAGCUAUAUUCUUAGUUGGAGUACCAAGGGCUGAAUUGUCCCGCUAAGUGUUCUCUUUUGGUCUCUCAUAUCCAGGGCUGUUGAAGGAUCAUUUAUUAGUGGAGAGAAUAUUGAUACUUCCAGUGACUUGAUGCUGGCACAGAUGCUGCAAAUGGAAUUUGAUAGAGAAUUUGAUGCACAGCUUCGACGUGAAGAAAAGAAGUUCAAUGGAGAUAGCAAAGGUUACUAUCAUGAGUCAUGAUUUCUUUGUUAGGGUGAAUCUUUCUGUUUCUCAGUGGCCCUUCUAACAACUGUUAACUCAUAUACAUUUUUGUUUCUAUUUCUCAAGUGUCCAUAUCUUUUGAGAACUACCGCAAGGUACAUCCUUUUGAAGACAGUGACAGCUCUGAAGAUGAGGUCGAUUGGCAGGAUACUCGUCAUGAUCCUUAUAGAGCAGGUACCAUUUGGAUUAAAAACUUAUGAAAUGUACCAUUUCUAUAAGCAAAGUUUUUCAUAUUGUAGGAUCCUGAAAAAGUGUUUUGUGAGGCCAUUGGCAACUGCUUAAUGAAGAUCACGCUGUGAAUUACAUAAUAUGCUGUUAUCUUUUAAAUAUUAUAAUGUUUAAUAGAGCACAUGGGAGUGCUUUCAAUAGAAAAAGGCAAAUCCCUGCUAAACUGUAGCUUGAAUUCUAAAAAUUUAGAAUAGGGUAUAGGGAGGAGAAGAAAAGGAAGGAAUGUGAGUAAAGCAGUUAUGUGUACUUCUCUUGUGCAAAGAUUGUCUGGGAGACAGAUUCAGGAAUGGGAAGCUGCAGCCUUCCAAUAGCUUUGUCAGUAGUUCAUGCAUUUUCUAGUUAUGUUGAUUAAAUAUGAAGUAUUAGCAACACAUUUCAAAAAAAUCUGUACUAAAUGAGCCCCCCUUUUAGGAUAUGAAAGUGUCAGAUUUUCUCAAGCUUCCCUAAGAACUAAAACCUUUUUGUUCACUAUAGCUGCAAAGAAAUAACAGCCAAAAGAAAUGGAAAGGAUCAGGGUAGUUUGUGUAGGAAACCAUAUGAUAUAACUAUAUAUAUAUAUAUAUAUAUAUAUAUAUAUAGUGAUUGCAUCAGUGUAAUUUGUGCCCUAGAAUGCUUUGUAGGAUGUGGCUAAAAAGGUUGCAUACAUUUACUAGUCUUGGAAGUGUAUUUUGAGUGCAAUAUUUUUAUUAUUCAUAGAUAAGCCCACUACUACUCCCAAGAAAGGCUUUAUAGGAAAAGGAAAAGAUAUUACUACCAAGCAUGAUGAGGUUGUGUGUGGAAGAAAGAAUACUGCUCGAAUGGAAAAUGUAAGUUCUGUCCUAAGUUUAUGAUUGACGUUCCAAGGUUGGUCCGUGACUACUUACAAAACACUUGUUGACUCUUGAUAUAUACUGCUUCACUUCCCAUGAUAACCCAGUAUUUGAUACAAAUGUCAUGAUAGUAUCUAUGUCAGUAUUUAAACUUGUUCUAUGCACCUGUUUAAAAACAAUUAUAUGGCUCUAUUUGCACAUAACACUAAGCCCUGGUUUGUUGUAACCAUAGUUUGCCCAUCUGUGAGGUAACUCAUAGCAUGUUGAACAAACAAGUCAUGGCUUGUUUUCUCCCAAGCUAAAUUUGUUUUCUAGCUGCUCUUACCUCAUGCCUCUGUAGCUUGGUGAGUAUCCAGCACUGGGUGGCCAACAAACCAUGGUUCAGCAAGCCACACUUCGUCUAAACAAGCCAUAAUUUAGCACGGCAUGUAAACCAGGCCAUGAUCUCUUAGCUUCUGAAGCGUAUGUCAGAGAUUCAGAUCCAGAAGGGAGCACGGUAUCCUAUUACCUUGGAAUGCCCCCUAAUGUCUCUGGUUAAAUACUUUCGUAGAAGGAUUUCAUAGGAUCAUAGAAUUGUAGAGUUGGAAUAGACCAUGAGUGUCAUCUAGCCAAACCCUGUACUAGAAGUUCAUAGUAUAGUUGCCCCAUAUUUUUAUUCUUUCUUAUAACUAUAUUGAUCUGUUGUAGUUUGUAUUUGUCAUGGCCUCUGACAGGAACAAUAAAAUUUAUUAUCUGCAUUACUGUCAUCUGCAGUGUGCUUUAGUGGAUAAAGUGCUAAGCUUGAACUUGAGAGAUCUGGGUUCAAAUUUCUGCUCUGUCUUAAAGCUCCCAAACUGGCCUGGAGUGAGUCUCUCUCCCAUAGGUCUUCUCUUUAGAUUGUUAUGAUAAUAUGGGGGAAAGUUAUUUUUGCUGUUCUGAGCUAUAGUAAGUAAUGGACGCACUGCAGGUGUAGGUCUCCCCUAUCAGCAACUUUUUCAGACACACAGAAAAUUCCAUGUCAUUCACUGAAUUUCACCUGUCUUCACAGUUUGCACCUGAAUUUCAAGUUGGUGAUGGAAUUGGUAUGGACCUAAAAUUGUCCAAUCAUGUCUUCAAUGCCUUAAAGCAGCAUGCAUACUCCGAGGAACGUAGAAGCGCCAGGCUCCAUGAGAAGAAGGAACAUUCUACUGCUGUACGUUUUGGUGACUCAGACAAAAUGAAAAUUUCAUAGUUUAGCAGGGCUGUAUUAUUUAGAAUAAACUUGAUAUCUGAAUACUGGAAAAGUUAAGACUUUUCUGGAGUCAUAGCAGAACAUUAUUUGAGAGUUGCACCUGCUGAGUAGGUUGUUUUAUGCUAUGGGAGUGUUAAGUCUGAAGUAAUUGAUACAGAAAAAUAUAUAGAGGAUAGUUUUAAAAUUUAAAGCACCUGAUCAAGCUAAAGUUCAUAGCACUUGUAGAUUAAUCAAAGGAACGUUUUGUCAUCUGCACUAAACAUACAGCAUAAUAAAAGUUUAUCUUCCCCGCUCUUCUUGUGCAGGAGAAAGCAGUAGAUCCUAAAACACGCUUACUUUUGUAUAAGAUGGUCAAUUCUGGAAUGCUGGAGACCAUCACUGGAUGCAUAAGUACAGGAAAAGAGUCGGUGGUGUUUCAUGCAUAUGGAGGAAGGUAUUUUUAAAAAUAUGGUUAUGAUACUUGUAUUGUGUAAAACUGAGAGCAACUGCAGAGCAACAUAGUAUUUGGAAUACUUGUAUACUGUUCGUUACCUUAGAUUUUAUAAAAUUGUUGCGGUGGAAGUAUGCAGCAUAACACUUGUCCCCCUUCCUUAAAAUAAAUAAUAUUAUAGGCUAUACUGAAACCUUAAGUUAAAUCUACUAUUUAAAUCUAGUAAUGUAAAAUAUACAUCAUUAUAAAAUGAAUAUUUAACUAGUUCAAUGGUCAAAUGUUUCAAAGCUGACAUAUUGAGAUAUAAUGCAAUGAAAUAAUUUUCCAAAUAUGUUCUCGUCUUUUGCCUUAUCUAUACUUUCUCAUCUGUUUUACUGGUUGAAGCUUCUUUAAAAUUGGUUUGUAGGCAUGUAACUAAAACUUCUUUUUUUCUCCUCUUAAAGUUUGGGUGAGGAUGCUAGCCCCAUACCUUCAGAAUGUGCCAUAAAGGUGUUUAAAACAACUCUGAAUGAAUUUAAGAAUCGUGAUAAAUAUAUCAAAGAUGAUUAUAGGUUCAGAGAUCGUUUCAGCAAACUGAAUCCACGAAAGAUAAUCCGAAUGUGGGCUGAGAAAGAAAUGCACAACUUAAAAAGGUAUGGAACUGUAGUUGCUUAAAAAGGUAUGGAACUUAAAAAGGUAUGGAAAUGAAUAAGCUGUAGCAUCUUUUUGAAAACCAAGUACUUGGGAAUCAAUGUAAAAUCUCCCUUCAACAUUGACUACAUGUCUUGAACCAUGUUCCUUUAUGUAUAAAAUAUUUUACAUUUUUUACAAUUAUUAUUUGCUAUACUGUACAGGUAACUGUUUUGCUUUAAAUCUUAAUUUAUUUAAAACUAUAUAGUGCCUGUCCAGUUGGUGUAUACAAUAAAAUACAAAGCUAUACAAAAUGGUUAAAAAUAAAAAAAUCCAACAUAAAUCAUAAUUGAGUACAACCCAUUAGUUAAUACAUUUAAAGCUGUUAUUAAAAUGUUAUAUGGCAGUAAUGAGGAAUCUGCAGCCCACAAGUCUAAUUCAGGCUGGUAGAAAUGUGCCUAAUUUGGCCCCCAAUCCACCUUGUAUGUUGUAUAUGAUGUUAGGUGUGGGGCAGGGAAAGACAUGGGAGCAGAGGAUUGAUAAGAGCCUCACAAUGCGGAAUCAAACAGGGUUUGCUUGAUUGGCAGUGACUUCAAGCUCCAAUUGAAUCAGCUAAAAUGUCUUUUAACUGAUGGGCUUGAAUUCAAGCUGUACUGCAAAGGAGAAAUGGGUGACCUGAUGUCAGGUGAUUGACAGGUGGGCAGCCCCAUCCACCUGUCAAAGUGACCCACCAAAGGUGGGUGAGCUUAAGGAUCUUGCCUGCUCAGCUGAGAAGAUUCACGACCCUGUUGCAUGCUUUUAUAAAGAGCCAGUAACUGUAAUUGAGUCAAAACAGGUAUGACAGUGUAGGCAUGUUGGUGAGUUUUGACUAGCUGUAAAUACUUAUGCUCUAAUGCAUUUUUCGUCUUCUUCACAGAAUGCAGGCAGCUGGCAUUCCUUGUCCAGAAGUGGUUACCCUUAAAAAGCAUGUCUUAGUUAUGUCCUUCAUUGGCCAGGAUCAAGUUCCAGCUCCUAAACUAAAAGAAGUAAAACUCAGUAGCGAAGAUAUGAAGAAGGCUUACUAUCAAGUUCUUCAUGUAAGAUCAAUACAAUUGUCUUGUCUUGAAACUAUUGGCAAGAGUUCCUUUCAAUAACAGAUAAUUGAUGAAUAUUAUUUAUUUACUUAUUGAAUUUAUAUAAAUGUGCAUGUAGGGUCCCUCCGCUGUCUGGUAAGGUUGUUAAGAUCAUCAAAUGAAGCCCAUUAGUUUUUCCAUGGCCUGAUUAUUGGCUUGUAAUAUGGAGUAUGGCAUUUUCAUUAGGGGCACCAGUGUUGUGGAACAUGGGAGGCCCCAUCAGUAUUGGCAUUCCACCUGCUCUUAAAGAUGCACCUGUUUCAACAAGCAUUUCCCUGAUCUUGAAAUACUUUAUUUGAUGGUUGUUUUAACUGCUAUGCUCUUUUAAUAGGCUUAUUUAUUAUGGAUGUGUUAAUGUGGUUUUACUAUGUACUUUAAUUAUAUUGUCUUUUUAGUCAGAACUGUAUUGGAGUCAAAGAUUACUACAAGUACCUUGAACAAAAAUUUGAAUACAGGACCACUGAAAGUGUUGGUUCUGUGAAACCAGCAAUUAUCUUUACAACAGUAUAUCCUAGAGUCCCACAAUACUUGGAUUAUAUUUAAUACUCCCGAGAUUGACAGCCUUUCUUAGUGUAGUAAGUGUACUAUAAAAAGUCAUGGCAAAGUACUUUUAGUAGAAGCAAGAGUGAUUAGGGCAUUUUAAAAACAUGCCUAUCAGUCAUAUGCAGUUGCAAUUCUACACAGUUCAGAUAAGCUAACUAGAGUGAGCAUGCCAAAUAUUAUCUGUAAUAUAAUUUGGUAAUAUUUUGGACUUCCGGGUUGGCGCCUCUGGGACUUCUGGGUUGGCGCCUCUGGCAAUGGCGGAUUUCCUCCGAUCGGGAGGAACCCGCUCCGUGAAAAACAGGGUCUGAACCGCCACGGCGACGCGGAGACCCAUUAAAAACCACAGGCGGGAGAAGCCUGUGGACGUGGGAUUCGGCUGGCACCUUUGCGCCUCCCCUACUCGCGGGGAAACCCUGUUUUGGGGAUCCGGAGCGACGUGGGGUGAGUGGCGCAGUUCUUUGAAUCGACUGCUUCUUUCACGGAGUGAAGCCGCAUUGCUGUUGCCGGAGAGCGCUGACUUUUUCCUGUGGACAAUUGGAUUUUAAACAACUACUCGUGAGUAAAACGGAAAAUUGGAUUCUUAAAUACUUCAAUUUGGCACUGAAACGGGAAGGUUAUAAACAGGAAGUCCGCCUCCCGUUUUUGUAAAUAGACUGAAGCAAAGACGUUACAAGUUAAAGCCUUUGAAAGCUCUUGGAAAAGGAUUAAAUUUCCACCGGUUUAAAAAUACAAAACCCCCUUGGAAGCAGGAGAAGAGGGAGAAAUUUUGGAUCUAGUGAGCCUGCAGGAGAGAGUGAAAAAAUCAAAUUACCACUGCUCUGAACCUGGGAACGGGCUGCCAGAUGACGUUUGGAGAGAGUGCUUUUGACAGAACGGAUUUGACAGCUAGCUAAACAAGAGUAAGAUACUGUUUCCAUUGUCCCUUUCUGCGUUUUUAAAAAAAGAGGAAAAGUAACUGAAAUUUUAUCUUUAAUGUUUGAAGUUGUGCUUGAAAGAACUGAUACAAGUGGAGACUGUUUCCCUCUAGAGGGAGCUUUUGAAACUGUAACAGGACUGUAACUGGGGGAUUUCCAGCUGCAGAUAAGGAGUUUGAGAACCAGAGUGCGACCUUGGACUAUUUAAAAAUGUUGACAGGAGAGGCCAUUGUGACUGUUUUAUGUAAGAUAAGCUGUUCGCUGGGACAGCUUCACAAGAAGAUGGAUGAUAUGACUCUCAAAGUUGAUAAUUUGGAACAGAAAGUGACCAACUUGAGUCAAAAAGCGAACACUAACACAGAAAUAAUUCAGGACUUGGUACAGGAACCCAUUUUGGCAGGACAAAUGGUGGAGGAGAAGGAGAAUGCAGCUGUUGUUGAACAUAAAAUACCUUAUUUUUCGCCCUAUAAGACGCACUUUUUCCCCUCCAAAAAUGAAGGGGAAAUGUGUGUGCGUCCUAUGGGGUGAAUGCAGGCUUUCGCUGAAGCCUGGAGAGCGAGGGGGGUCGGUGCGCACUGACCCCUCUAGCUUGCCAGGCUUCAGGAAGCUAUCCGCUAGCCGUGGGAGACCCAGCUCUCCCAGGGCUAGCGGAGAGCUUGCCUGCACCCAGAAGCUUGGGGCGCGCUGAGCUCCGCACGCCCCAAGCUUCGGGAUUAGCGCAGCGCACCUGGGGGGGAAAUAAAAAUUUUUUUCCUUUAUUUCCCCCCAAAAAAACUAGGUGCGUCCUAUGGGCCGGUGCGUCCUAUGGGGCGAAAAAUACGGUAAUACAAGUGAGAUCUGUGGAUUUACAGAAGCAAAUUGGAGACUAUAAGUUGAGGCCUUCUAUGAUUGAAUCUAGGAAAAGCCAGACUCCGAGGAAUGGAUCCCGGUUUGGAUUAAAGAAGGAAAGUUGGAAAGAGCCCUCUAUGCAGGGAUUAACUGACUUUUGGGACAUGGACUCAGGCCUGGAGGAGAUUGAAGUUUUGGGGGCCUUUGGAAUUGGAGGAAUUUUGAAAUAUACCUGGAAAUAGUUUAUGGACUGUAGCUUUAACUAUGGAAAUUUAGCUGAUCUGUUCAGAAGGAAGAAAAGGAUUGACAGGUUGGAGUUUCCCCGAGAUUGGCUCUUUAGCAUUAAAGAAAAUGAAGAAGACCUGCAGAAGGGACUUGAAAAGAGUUAAGAGCCUCUGACAUAAGAUCACCAGGUUGAUGGACUUUAUGGAAUUGACGGAAAGGACUGGCAGAAUCCGAAACCUGGGAGAGGAGAUGGUGGAAGAAGAUUGGAAAAUUUAAAGUUUAUAUAUAGACUUAUGGUAAAACUAAUGAGUGAUAGAAAAAUGGUGGAAUGGUUUUUUUUGUUUUUUUUAUGGGCUUAACAGAAAUGUUAUAAGGAGUUAAGCACAUAUAAGUAUUUUAGUUUUAAUGGAAAAUAAGGUUAAAAUAAUACGUUAUUUACAAUAGCACAGAAAAUGGAGAAAGAUGGAAAGGAUUUGCUGAAACAGUUAAUAGAAGUGGAACACAAAAAGGGAGGUGUGAGGAGGUUGUGGAAACAAGGGAACGAAAGAUAGAGUAUGGAAAAGAGAUGAUGUAUGUUUUUAAAUUGUUUUUGUUUUGGGAGUGGGGUUAGUUUAGUUUAGCUUAAUGUGUUUAGUUUUGAGUUUAGGUUGUGUUUUGUAUUGUUUAUAUAUUGUAUUGUAUUGUGUGUGUUUUUUCUCUUUGUUUUUUCUUCUGUUUUUUCUCUUUUGCUUUUUUCUCUCUUUUUGUAAUCUAUAAAAGUAAUAAAUAUUAUUUUAAAAAUAUAUAUAUAUAUAAUUUGGUAAUAUUUUGUUUCUGAAAAAUAAGCAAAGAUUCUUUCAUAUGGUUGCUUUCUGUAUCCAGCAUGCAUGUACCCAUGUAUACACUGUUAAUUUUUAAUCAGUCUUUAGUGGUAAUAUUGAAUAAUAAUUUAGUGGCAUGGAGAGCAUUCCCAUUAAUAACUUGCUGCUUGUUUCUAGAUGAUGCAACAGUUGUAUAAAGAGUGCAGUUUAGUUCAUGCUGACCUAAGUGAAUACAACAUGCUGUGGCAAGGGGGAAAGGUAAGCAGAUUCUGCAUGGAGAAAAAUAACUAGAGAUGGUCCCAUAUGCAAAUAUCUGAAAUACUCAUCUUAUUUAUAUUAUAGGUCUGGUUAAUUGAUGUCAGUCAGUCUGUGGAGCCCACUCACCCACAUGGACUCCAGUUCUUGUUUAGAGAUUGCAGGAAUGUUUCACAGGUAAAGCGUCUGACAAUCUUGUUAUUUUGUAUUUGUAUCUAUAGAAGUGCAUGUAUCUUAAAAUGUAUAUGGAAGUUUUCUCAAAAUAUUUAUCACUUCAUUCUGAAAAUGUAGGUUUAAUUUUAAUGGGGAAGAGAGAGGAUUCUAUUCAGGGACAUUCAAGGAAGAGUUGAGAACAUCUUAAAUUGUAAUUGAUUUUUGGUCCCUUAGUUGCUUGUAAUACAAAAAAAACAAACAAACCAAAAAACCAGCUGUCUUUUUAAUAGGUUAUCAAAAGAGUUUAUUCAAGGCCCUGACCUUGAUCUGGAGAGUCCACUCCCCUUCAAAAAUAAGACAACACAGGCUUAUAAAACAUGCUUGUAUUUGUGAGAAAAAUGCAGGCUAGAAAGCUUAGGAAAAUCUUAUUGCAAGUCCAGAUGUCCACAAAUAAUAGCUACCUCAAACCACUGCUAGACUAAAGAAAGUCAGUGAGAAAGAAGGGGGGAUGCCUUGAUGAAUUCAGUGGUUAAACUUAUCUUUGCUUUUAAUGAAAGUUCUUCCAGAAAAAUGGUGUAUCUGAAACACUCGGUGAAAGAGAGCUCUUCAAUGCUGUCUCAGGUUUAAACUUAGCAGCUGACAAUGAAGUGGACUUCUUAGCUGAGGUAAGUUCUCCCCACCUUGGAGUGUGUGGGGGAGGGGGAGUAUAAAUGUGAUCUUAUUCACUAGGCUGCACUCCGAGAAGCUCUUAGACUGUGCAGAGAGAUCUGCAUUAUGAAGGCAGAGUUGAGCCCAAUUUUUUAGCUUUGUUAUUCAUACAUUUGGAAAUGCCACUUGUCUUUGUGUGAUUCAGCCUUUCUGUCUAAAUAUGAAGCAUUCCCCCUAGGAAUAUAUGAGUGAGUACUAUUCAUGAAACUUAUUCAUGUACCAUUUUAGUGAAACCCUUGGUUUCUGCAAGAGACAAAGCGUUAACCUGCCCAAUAAAGUGAGCAAAUGUAGGGUUUUCAGAAAACCAGUUUUUAUCAUCGUCCUGAAAAUCCUGAGUCUUGGGGCACAAAGAAUUAACCAGACCUAACUUGAUCUGACAAUAUAAUGCUUUCGGCUGUGAGUGUGUUCUGAGGGAAAUUGUUCUUGCUUUAGCUAUACUCAUUUUGCUACUUAUUUUAGAAAUUAUAUGUACUGCUUAAUUACAGUCAAAUCUAAGUGCUAUGGAGAAGGCUCAGUACAAUGAAACAAAAAUGAAUUAAAACAAUAAAAUCGGAACUCAGAUAAAAAGCCUGCUGGAUUUUUUUCUUUCUUUUUUUAGUAUUGUGAGUUAGAGUAGUGAACUGCAAAAAUAGUAUAUUUGGGUUUGGCGUUCAAUGUCAACUUUAAGAGAAUUUUUCAAAUUGAAAACAGGCUUGUUAAAACUCUAAAAUUAAUGAAUUAUUUGUAACUAAGACAAUAAACAUUUAUUUUAAACAAUUGUAUUGUGAUUUUCACUGCAGUUAGCAAUUCUAGAGUGGUAACAAUGAAACUGUAGAAUAUACAUAAAUUAUACAGCAAACAGCAUAUCAGCAAAACAAUGUAAUUUCAACCACCAAAACCAUAGACUGACAUUACAUUUCAGCGAAGACCUAAGCUAAUAGUCAGGUGUACACAAACUGCUUUUCAAAGCAGUUUCAGUAGUGGAUUGCCAUAUGGCAUAGACUGCUGCUGUUUGGGGAAACUCGAGACCAAAGGUCCUCUGAGGCUCAAAGGAAUUAGUUGUCUGCAGUUGUUUGGUUUCUGUGGACUUCGUUUUCACUAACAUGGGUCUGUGAUUUUGACUUUAAUUUGGCUCUUAGUUAAACACGCAGGUAAUAUUUCCAUUGAAUAUGCUUGUAUAGGAACCACUGGGAAUGGUUCAACAGAAGUAGUAUUUUCACUAAACUAUGUAUGAAAAUCCCAACUAACUCCUUGUUCUUAGAACAUAGUUGUGCGUGGGCUGAGCUGAUGGUGCUGUUGUCUGCAUUUCCCAUUAUGCCUUGUCCAUUUUCCCCAGCACAAAAGAUGUUUUGUUACCAGGUGAGACUAUCUUGCAUAUGGUGUGUCAAUCUAUUUUGUUUCUGCAAGGGGAAAAAUGUCAAGGAUAGUAAUGCUGGUGAAACAGGAAGAAAAUAAAAUCGGCAAAGCUCAAUAACAGGCUUUUGUAUGCUGCAUGAACUCACAAUUGUUUAAACAUGAGCUGAUCAGUAAUGUGACAACAAUAAAAGGUGAAGACAAAGGCAGUACAAGUUCAGCAAAUUGGUAUCAUGCCAAGCAGAAUUGCAGUACAUUUAAAUAUAGUCUGUUUCUGACUACUAUGUGUCUUUCUGUUUUAUAGAUUGAGGCUUUGGAGAAGAUGAGUGAAGAUCAUGUUCAAAAUCAUGGGAAAAAGGUGUCUCUGUAUCCGAGUGAUUAUGGGAGUCCACCAACAUCUUGCAAUGAAUAGCACUUUGAGUUGAACUGAAACAUCUUUUUUGCAUCUUACAUGAAGUGCAGUGAUUAAAUGUCAGCUGCCAAAAGCAACAGAAGUUAUGGUCAACUCAGAAUGCCAUAAAUGAAACUUCAGGGAACGUGCAUUGGUGCUUUGGUGUGUUUUUCAGACAAGCCCACGUUAGGUCACUGGGACUGUCAACUACAUGGCUCUCUGACAAUGGAAAGUAAUUUCCUUUUUAAUCUGACAUGAAUUUUUCAGGUCAGUGCAGCUAAGUUAAGAAUAUGGUGUGAUGAAAUAUUUAAUUUAUUUAAUGUCACAAUUUCAGACUAAACUGAAGUACUACAUAAAAAUGGGAAAGAGUGAUUGAUACUCUUUCCUUCCCCUUACACUUUUACAUACUGGUAUAACUGAUGGAGGAAAAAUUUAAAACUUUUUGUUUGUAUGGUUUAUGCACAGACUUUAAUUUUAAUAGUGUAUGGUUAAAGGGAGGCUCACAUUAUGUUUCAUAACUAUAUUCAACAUUGAUUUCAUAUCAAAAGUUUACUAUUUUUACAAAAACUUUAAUAUUCAAUAUACAAAAUUUAUAUUAAUCACUAAGAACAGCCUAAAACAUUUUAUAUGAUUUUUACACAAUAAUAAAAAAAACUCUUUUCUUGUAAUUUGAUUCUUAAAUAUGCAGGCCAUUAUGUUAAAUGCUGAAAGAAGAAACUUGCUACUGGAUUAUCAAUAGCAAAAAUAUUUGGUCUUUGUUUCUUGAACAAUACUUGAACAGAAGGCACCUUAGUAUGAUUCUCACAUGGAGGUAGCUUUGGGAACAAAUAUAAACAAGUCUAAAUUACACAAAAGUAGUAAGGAUGCACAGCAGAAGAAGCUUCUGUACAGUUGUAUCCUAAAUGCAUAAACUUGAGAUGAUAGUAAAUUUACAUCUUUGCACAAUAGAUUCUUUAGGUGUGAUUCAGAAAACAUCUUUUGUCUCCGCAUGUGUAUGUAACGUAGCCUCUCAUGUAAUACAAUUUGAUGCAGUUGAUAUGACCACAUAAACAAAAACCCACUAGAACACAAAUCCUUGGUGAUGCAUAUGUGUAAGAAAUCUAGAGUCCUAUAACAAUGAACAAGUCUACAAGAUCUUAUAUGGAAGUUGAGGAGAGACUUGCCUGCCUAUUCAUGUAUUGUUGAUUUCAUUCUUGGAGUGUACCUAAGUGUAACUAAAUUGUAUCAUUUCACUAAGGUCAGUAUUAAACAACAGUUCAUUCACUGACAGAUUUGUUAGAUUAAUGGACUUAGUAGGGUGGUAAAAUUUUAGAAUGGUCAUCUUUUGUUUUCAGAUUUCUUCUUUUAGAUCCCUUCAUUAUGUUGUAGUGAGAGACUGUUGCUGUGUGAAGCUCUCAUAGUGGCCUAUGGAAAAGCUCGUUCCAUGCAAAAAUAAGAGGGAUAAUAAACAAAUCUGAUCUUGUCCCUGUGUUCGUGUAGGGUUUUUUUUCUCCAGCUUUUGUCUUUGUCCAGCUUUAAAAAUUACAUUCUAGUUCAAAAUCCAUCAUUCUCACAAAAGUGAAUGAGUGUAACAUGCUGAGAGGCUGGUCUAUAGAAAAGAUAUUUAAAGUAAGCGUUGUAUUUAACUGUCCAUAUAAAAUCUGAUCAAUUUUCAAAUAAGACAUUGGCAAGUACAAUCAAAUGCAGCCAUCCAAUGAAUGUAACAGAAGUGUAAUGUAUGCAUUUUAAAACUGUUAUGAUGUUCCUGAUAGGCUUUUACUAAAUUGGGUAUUAAGAACUAUUGAAAAUUAUUUGUUUUUUUAUUAAAAAUACCCUUUGACCAACCUUUCAGAUGACCUGCAUUUUUUAUUAUUAUUGUGUACCGCCCUAUAACCGCAGGUCUCAGGGCGGUUCACAACAUAAAAUCACAGUAUAAAAAUGCAAAAUACAUAAUAGAAAUAAAAACACUUUUAGAAGAGCAUUUGUUUGGAAAUGGUAUGGUGGUCUUGCUAACGAUUCAGCUACUACAGCCACCUUCACAAAUUUUGGUAUUGUAAGUAAAACCAAAACCGUCUCCAACAGCAAAAGGCCUCCCUGAGAACUGCUUUUACAAUUCUACACUUUCAAACAAUGCCCACAUCAGUCUUAGAUGGAAGAUACAGGAAAGUUCCAAUGCAUUUAAGAUUCUGUAUUUGUGGGGCAGGUGAAGUUAGAAGAUCUUCCCCAUUACAUACAUACUCCACUGUCAGCUCAGCUCUAUCAAAACCCCAGAAAGAUUUUUAGAACAGAUGUUUGCACUGCUGCAGCGACAGAACAAUGAAGUGAAAAUAUGUUGGCUAUUAUAUGACUGCGACCCACUUGUCACAUAUAAAGCAGCUUUAUUCGCAAAAGCCACUAAAAGUAUUUGUGCUAGUCACAUAAAAGACAACACUAGAUUGUGCAGGGG